AUGGGCUGUGCGGGGUCUUCUCCCGAUUUCCACCAGGGCACCUUUUCGGCCAGUCUUCAGGUGGUCGCCUUUGCAGCCUCCCUUGCCAGCUUCCUGUUGCCGCGGAUCGCCACUCUGGGCUGCGUGGCGGUGGUGGUGUACAUCCUCGGAUCCCUGAAGUGCUCCCUGGGGGUCUUGCUGCUCAGCGUGCUGGUUGGGAAGAUACACCAGAACCACCACGAGCGGGCAGUGAUCUACUAUAGCUGGACGCUCGACAUUCAGCCGUUCCCCUGCUGGAAGCUGGUGCUGUCGAUGGCCGCCUGCGUGCUGGGGGGGUUCUGCGGGCAUCAUCUCUGGGAGAACUACUGGCAGCAGUACCAAGAGGUGUCCCUGCUCAAGGCCUACCGGGGCAUCGACCCCGGGGUGGUCCCGGGCCGGCAGAUCCAGGACGCCGGGGCGGUUGACUUCGCCAGAAGCGCGGGGGUGGACACCGAGCACGCGGGCUGCUUCAUGCACGCGGGCCGCACCUACUGCGUGGCGCCCAUCGUGACCAACGGAACGAUUCAGCACGACAUCGGCAACGCGCCCCGCUACGGCAGCUACGACUACUUCGCGGUGGGGGUGGACUGCUGCAGCUGCCCGGACCUGGACUUCCGCUGCGGCCCGGUGGCGCACCCCUGGGCCGAGGGGGGCAUUCGCUCCACAGACCUGGAAGCCAGGCCCUUCUUCAGGCUGGCGGUGGAGGCGUGGGCCAGCAGCUUCCGGAAGACCGCCAGCCACCCGCUCUUCUUCGAGUGGGUGGAGUCCCCGGUGAAGCACUGGCCUCUUCGAAGCAUUUGGUGCCCCCGUGUUUUUUUUAGAUUGGGACUCUGCACCAGAUUUCGACCCUCUGAAGCCAUCCGCGUCUUCUCUUCGCUUCAGGCCUUGGUGGCCCAUCAGCUGGCAUCGCCUCUGCAGGUGCCGGGGCCUCCCGAGGGCUUCGGCGACGCCUGGCGCCGGUUCCUGCCGGAGAUGCUGGCGAGCUAUAAGGAGUUGGGCCCUGGGGGGCUGGGAUUUUGGGGAGCAGACCCCGCUUUCUGGGCGGUCUUGCGGGGGGGGACACCAAAAGGAAAGGGUGUGUUUUUGUGUUGUAGAAACAAGUGUUUUUCUCCUUCAGCAAACCGCUUUUAG